AUGGACGACACCGACACCAGCAUGGGCGAGCUGAAUCCUGGGGUCUCACUUCGAAUGGGUCCCGUUGACGAGAUGGAAGUCGACCCACCUGCUACCAAUGGCAACGGCACCAAACGCAAGUCAUCUAUGAACGGCAAGAGCUACAAGGAUGCGACUGAAUCCGAAGAUGACGACGAUGUCCCAUUGACCAAGCGCAGAAGGACAUCCAAGAAGGCUGCUUCCGAUUCCGAAGACGAACCUCUCGCCAAAAAGACUGGUCGCAAGCCUCCAAAGGUUACCGCACAACAAAUCGGCGAAGACGACGACGACUCCGAUGUGCCACUCACGAAAAAGCUCGCCAAGGAAAAGGCCGACAUUGAGAAGAAGGCAGCGACACAAGCCAAGGCCAUCCGCGCAAAGAAGACCGUAAAGGCCGAAGAACCUGAAGACAGCGACGACGUUCCUCUCAAGAAAGCUAAAGCUGCUCCAAAGAAGAAGACCAACGGUGUCAAGAAGGAGGAGUCUUCUGACGAUGACAAGCCACUCAAGAAGGCACCUGCAAAGCGUGCAGCUACCAAGUCACAGAGCGCCACCCCAGCUGCUUCCGCAAAGAAGGGCAAGAAAGCUGCAAAGGAGGAAAGCCCAGAGGACAAGGAAGACGUCGAAGAUGGAGAGGAGGAGUAUAAAUGGUGGGAAGACACCGCCAAGGGCGAUGGCACUAAGAAAUGGACCACUCUGGAACACAAUGGUGUCGUCUUCCCUCCGGAAUACGAGCCACUCCCGAAGAACGUCAGAAUGCGCUAUGAUGGCGUACCAGUGUCACUGCAUCCCGAGGCCGAGGAAGUCGCUACUUUCUUUGGCAGCAUGCUCAACUCGACUCACAACGUUGAAAACCCGACUUUCAUCAAGAACUUCUUCACCGAUUUCAAAAAAUACCUCGACGACACUGGCCAUGGAACAAACGACAAAGGAGAGAAAGUCAAGAUCUUGAAGUUCGAGAAGUGUGACUUCAAGCCUAUCUUCGAGCAUUUCGAAGCCGAGCGCGCGAAGAAGAAGGCCAUGACUGCUGCAGAGAAGAAGGAACUCAAGGCCAUCAAGGACAAAGCCGAAGAGCCCUAUAUGUACUGUCUCUGGGAUGGCCGCAAACAGAAGGUUGGCAACUUCCGUGUUGAACCUCCUGGUCUCUUCCGUGGACGUGGUGAGCACCCCAAGACUGGCAAAGUCAAGACUCGCGUCAAGCCGAACCAGGUUACUAUCAACAUCGGAACGGAAGCCACUGUACCUGCACCUCCUGAAGGUACCAACUGGAAGGAGGUCCGUCAUGACAACGAAGGCACAUGGCUCGCGAUGUGGCAGGAGAAUGUCAACGGCAACUACAAGUAUGUCAUGUUGGCAGCGAACUCCGAUGUCAAGGGUCAAUCAGAUUUCAAGAAGUUUGAAAAGGCCAGAGAGUUGAAGAAGCAUAUCGACAGAAUUCGCAAGGACUAUCAGCGCGAACUCAAGGCCGAGCUGAUGGCUGACCGUCAGCGCGCAACUGCCAUCUACCUUAUCGAUCAGUUCGCGCUUCGUGCUGGUAACGAGAAGGGCGAUGACGAAGCUGACACUGUUGGUUGCUGCUCUUUGAAGUUCGAGAACGUAACUCUCAAGCCACCGAACAAGGUCGUAUUCGACUUCUUGGGUAAAGACUCAAUUCGCUUCUACGAUGAGGUCGAAGUUGAUGCGCAAGUCUUCAAGAACCUAAAGAUCUUCAAGAAGGCUCCAAAGAAAGACGGCGACGAUAUCUUCGAUCGUCUCACUACCAGUGCAUUGAACAAGCAUUUGAGCAACUACAUGCCAGGCCUGACAGCCAAGGUCUUCCGUACUUACAACGCCUCCUGGACAAUGGCAAGGCUUCUUCAGGACAUGAAAGCAACCGGAACACAUGCCGAGAAGGUCAAGGCUUACAACGACGCAAACCGCAGAGUUGCCAUUCUCUGUAACCACAAGCGCACCGUCGCCGCCGGACACGCCGCUCAGAUGGAGAAGGUACAAGACAAGAUUGAUGCUGUCAAGUAUCAGCAGUACCGUGUCAAGCAGAUGAUGCUGGCGCUCGAGCCCAAGCUCAAGAAGAAGAAGGGCGCUGAGUGGUUUGCUCUCCCCGAGGGUCUCGACGAAGAAUGGCAGAAGAAGCACCACGAAGAUCUCGUUGAGCAGGAACGCCAAAAGAUCACCAAGAAAUUCGAAAAGGAGAACGAGAAGCUCAAGGCAGAAGGUGAGAAGGAGAUGAAGCCCAAGGAGCUUGACGAGCGACUCGAAGCCGCCACCGAGCUGGAGAAGAAGCUCAAGAACGAACUCAAGACGAAGAAGGUCGAGCCCGAAGGAAAGGGACCCUCUGUCGAGAAGUACGAGGGCCAGAUCGAGAAGCUUGCGGUCAGAAUCAGCAACAUGGAACUGCAAGCCGAGGACAGAGAGAGCAACAAGGAAGUCGCUCUGGGAACUUCCAAGAUCAACUACAUCGACCCUCGUCUCACCGUCGUCUUCUCCAAGAAGUUUGAUGUUCCCAUUGAGAAAUUCUUCUCCAAGACCUUGCGCGAGAAGUUUGCCUGGGCUAUUGCUUCCGUCGAGGAAGACUGGGAGUUCUAA